GUUAAACUGAGUAGAAAAUUCAUCAUCGCGGAAGAAGAUAAAACAGUGAAGCAUUUGCGGAUAGCCAAUUAGCCAUAUCACCGCUCUUUCGGGGCAGCUACAGAAAAAGCGUCUCCCAGUCGACCUUAUCCAGACCGAGCUCUUACUUUCUCUUUAGCCUCUUCUAUUUAUCCCAACGGCAUGAUGUUAUCGGCGGUAGCUCAGCCGGCGGUUAUUCUCGAAUCUCCGCCAUCUUCAUUUUCUCAUCAGAAACUACUUCCAAACAAAGUUGAGUUCUCCGCUCGCCUACGAGGGUCCCAAUCUCAACUAUCCGUUGCUCUCUCGAGAAAGCUCAGCGUCUCCGCAUUUUCCGCAGCAGCCGUCGAUUCCUUAUCCGGAGGAAGCGCAUCGAUUGACACACAAUCUCCAACUCCCCCCAUUCAGAAAGAGAAGCUUGGAGUUGUGGUAAAGCCAAUGGAGAAACCUAGAUUAGUACUAAAGUUCAUAUGGAUGGAGAAGAACAUUGGGAUUGCGCUUGACCAAUUGAUACCCGGGCAUGGCACCGUCCCUUUAAGUCCUUACUAUUUUUGGCCAAGGAAAGAUGCUUGGGAAGAGCUGAAGGUGAUGCUAGAGAGCAAGCCUUGGGUUUCCCAGAAGCAGAUGAUUCUUCUUCUAAAUCAGGCCACUGAUAUAAUCAAUCUAUGGCAACAGAGUGGUGGCAAUUUGGUGUAGCCUUUUCUUUUAUGGUGCUACUAGGUGCUAUCUAUUCACUUGUAACAUUGUCUUGCUCUGCUUCUUUUGGUUUAGAUUAUUAUUAUUAUGCUGUUACAAUUCUGCUCAAUCUGACAUUUUAGUAAGUUUCUUGUACAUUUUUUACUGAACUGCUGUUUCUUUUUAGUGCCCAACUUAUUUUCAUCAAAAUUUCAUAGUUCAUCCUCAGAUUUAGCUGUUGUAUUAGCAUCACACUUUACUUAUUUAGUGGUAUCAAGCUGUUAGUAUUGUAUUCAACUUUUCUCUUCUC